AUGAGGACGGGGGACGGGAAAGAGAGGGAUGGGAAGGAGCAUCGGGGUAUUCAGAGUGUUGAGGGCUUCUGGGUUCUGGGGUGCUUUCUGGAGUGGUUGGCGGUUGCGGGCAAGGACCUCGGGGAGCUGGAGGCCCUGCGGCGUGAAGUGAAGGGCCUGUUGAACAAGGUAUGCCCCGAGAAGUUUACGACCGUCGUUGAGAAGCUCAUCGCGAUCAAGGUGACCAGUGUCGAGGCCCUCGAGAUUAUCAUAGAGCUGAUCUUCAAGAAGGCCCUGUCGGAGCCGCACUACAGCGAGACGUACGCGGACUUGGUUUUCAGCCUCCGCUCGGUUUUCCCUGAGUUCCCGGCGCCAGAUGGCGGAAGGCCGACGACAUUCAAGUCAUCCGUGCUCAACAUUUGCCAGGUCGAGUUCGAGGAGCUGUUGGCUGCCCCAGAGCCUUCCGAGCACGAGAAGGCGGGCCACGGCUGCGAGGAGCUCGAGGCGCUGUGCCAGGAGCGCCGCGGGCGGAUGCGGGCAAACAUGCGCUUCGUGGGCCACCUCUUCCUGCGCCAGCUCCUGUCCACGAAGGUGGUGUGCGGCAUCCUUCGGGAGCUCGUGCUCUGCGACCUGCAGGACGUCGCACCGCAGGAGCACGCCCUGGACUGCGCGUGCGAGCUGCUGAACAGCGUCGGAUUCACGCUGGAGGCCAUGCCCUCUGGCCAGUGCGCGCUGCCCGUCGUCUUUGGCCGCCUGGACGAGCUGCGCGCCAUGAAGACUCGUGACGGCAAGAGCUUGUACACCAAGAGGAUCCAAUUCAUGAUCAAGGACGACAUCAUCGACACCCGCGAGGCCGGCUGGACCAGGAAGGUGUUCCGCAGCGCCGCCAAGACCAAGGAGGAGAUCCGAAUGAACUCUGCCGGUCAGGGCCCGCACGGCGAGACGGUGGUGGUCGGUCAGAGGCCGCUCUAUCUGAGCGCCGACCCUGAACGCUUCUUGCGCGUGUGCACGGCCUGAGUUCCAGGGGGACGGAUCAAUGUCUGCGUAAUCGAAGACCGGGAACGCGCACGAGUCCGACUCUAGCGGGGCCUUGCUUUGGUAGCGUCUGCCACCCGCUUGCGUUCUGUGUCUGCUCGGCGCCGUGCCACCGCAGGCUGCGCUGACGGCGCGGGCGUUUGGCAGCGGUAUACUUCCGGACAGCACCAGGAAUAAUACGGACCUCGCUGCAGCAAGAAUAGAGAUUCGCACACCGUGCGAUGCAUUUCCAGCUUGCUGACCGUCGUCCGGAGAAGUAGUCACGCUCUGGGUGCAGUGCUCUGGCUUAAACCAGGACGUUGGCGCAUCUUGUUAGUCGUACCAGUUACUCAUUGCUCAUGCUGCUAAGGCCAGCACGCUCAGUUUUCCUUCGUGGCUGGUCGGUUACAUGUCAAUUGCGCUCUGCCAGGGCUGUUAUUAGUGCGAAGUACUUUAUCAGGUUGUAGCGAAUUGUGCUCCCUCAGGGCGUUUGUCUUUCGACUGUUUUUCAAGUGAUCCAGGGAAGAGUUCAUCGUGCCUGGCUCCUUGCAAGUGAGGAAUCACAAAAUAUAUGUUGGCUGAGAUGUAUGCGGUUGACAAGCCCGAUAUGUUGUGAUUGCCUUCAGGGUUUUCCAUGUUCAAGGGGCAGUCUGCCCGAAGUCGUGCAAUGUAUUCUAAGCUUGCUGCGCCCAGUUUGAAGUGGCAGCCUAACGCCAAUGAGCUGGGUGUUGCCACCAGUGCCAGGGUAGCGCUCUGUUAUAAUUGCGCUGCUGGGAUUCACUCCCCCUCCCCAAUUAUGUGUGUCUUCAUUGUUGAGGCACUGCACCUCCACCUCGCCCCUCACUUGGCACUGGGCCAUCAGUUUGCCUAGGCUUUCAGGCAUCGUGUCUGCGGCCCGAGGUCACCAGCAUCAUGCACCAUGCGGCGCGAGAUACCUCGCACCAUCAUCACUCACGCGCGCGAGCUCCUCUAGUGCCGCUCUGAAGAACACGAGCGAGCUACCCGCUAAUUACAGAGGGUGGGCCCGCGUCCCGCCGCGUCGCGCGCCAGUUGGGGCAGACACCGACGGCGUCUCCCUGCCGAGUCUAGAAUGUGCUGAUGGUUGAACAAUUAUGGCCUCCUUUUUCCUUGGGUUUCUCUUCUCCGCCAGAGCUGUUUGGUCGC